GGCUUUUGGCGUAGUUGGUGGGCUGUAAGCUGUUCUCCAAACACGAAGCUGAUCGACUCUUAAUUGUAAUUUUAUUUAAUCAAAUAAAAUUAAGCGUAAGAUUGUAAUUAACUGUUAUCGAUAAUGACAUCUUUUGUUUCCAUAUUUGUUUUAUUCCAUUUUUUAGCAUCAAACUUUCAUAUUUUAUCAAAUCAAUAGAUGAAAUCAUGACAUACGCGGUGUUAGAUACAUAACUUGUAUCUAUAUAUACCUCAUUUCCUCAUUCCAUGUUUUGAAAUUCCUCAUUUUCGUCAUAAUAUUAUUAUUAUUCCGUUCGUAUUCCGUUGUAUUCCUCGUUUUCUGUGCAGGUUUGUUUGUUUGUUGCUGAUACUGUGAUCGAUCUCACAUGGCGGUUAAUAUCAUCAACGACGGAGAUCGAUCGCCUCGAAUUCUGUUACGUGAGCCUACCGGAUCAACGACGGAGGUGCUCUUGUAUGGGGGUCAGGUUGUGUCGUGGAAGAACCAACGGCGAGAAGAGCUGCUUUUCAUGAGCAGUAAGGCUGUCACGAAACCACCAAAACCAAUAAGAGGCGGCAUACCCAUUUGCUUUCCUCAGGUUGCAAAUUUCGGUACACUGGAGCAGCAUGGAUUUGCAAGGAACAGGUUGUGGUCAUUAGAUGAAGAUCCUUCACCUUUGCCUCCAGCUAACAAUCAAUCAAUGGUAGAUCUCGUACUGAAAUCAACCGAAGAAGAUCUGCAUACAUGGCCAUAUAGAUUUGAGUUGCGGCUUCGUGUUUGUGUUGGUGCCGACAAGCUCACGAUGAUCCCUCGUGUGAGAAACGUUGACAACAAGGCGUUUUCAUUUACUAUUGCACUGCGUAAUUAUUUUUCUGUAUCAGAUGUCAGUGAAGUACGUGUUGAGGGCUUGGAGACACUUGACUAUUUUGACAAUUUGUUAAAAAGAGAAAGGUACACAGAGCAGGCAGAUGCCAUUACCUUUGACGGUGAGAUUGAUCGAGUGUACUUGAGCACACCUACUAAGAUUGCUGUAAUUGACCAUGAGAGAAAGCGAACGAUUGUGCUACGUAAAGAAGGCAUGGUGGAUGCAGUUGUGUGGAAUCCUUGGGACAAAAAGGCAAAGGCGAUAGUGGAUUUGGGUGAUGAAGACUACAAAAGCAUGCUAUGCUUGGAUGCUGCAUCAAUCGAAAAUGCGAUAACCUUAAAACCGUGUGAAGAAUGGAAAGGUCGUCAAGAACUUUCUAUUGUGUCCUCUAGUUAUUUCAGCGGUCAGCUGGAUCCGCAAAAGGUUCUUAAUGGCUUACGCUAAUUUCAUCUUCAAAUGGAUUUGGUGUUAGUUAGAGGAAGAUUAUAUGUUUAUUUUUCUGGUUAAUAUACAUGGGAUGAAUGUUGCAUUUUUUCAGCAGCUGUUUCAUUAGAUCAUCAUAUUAUUGAUUGUUCUUGUGCAAUAUGUUCAUGAUUUUUACCUCAAA